AUGUCCCUCCUCGCCCUCCUGUAUUUUACCCCCUUGGCUGCAUUUAAUGCCACCGUGUGUAACUGUGAUGGUGCGGCAAACCUGGGAUUCCUGGAGUUCACGGAGGAAGACUGCUCUUUCGAAGCCGCCCCCACUCCACCGGUACCCAUUACGUACGCUAUCUACUCUACACUACCAGAAGUUAAACGCUUUACUGGCCACACGUGUAGCAUGUGGGUAGCCACCACCACAGUGUACAAGGACUUCAUGCAAUGGAAUCAAGCGUCUUACGGCCGCAACCCCAUCGAAGUGGAUAAGGCAACGUGCCGAAGGAUGAGAGACACACGACAAUGUCGAGGAAAGGCGAUGGAUAUAACAGGUCCCAACUCGUUCGCUCUGGAAGGCCACCCAUUCGUGGAAACCAGUUGGCUUCGGACGGCGACAGAAAAGAUGAUCAACUGUCGCCUCGAAGAAGUGACCUUACAGAGCGAAUGCCCGAACUGUACCAUCAGCUCUCCACUUGGUGACAUCCCUGGAGCAAUAAACGACUCUUUCAAACACAACCUCGUGACCCUCAUCUGGGACGAUUCCUGGAAGGAAGCGAAGCCAUGUGAGUUAAGGGUUAUCGAAAAGGGAAUGGGCGUCAAAUACUCGACCGAAAACGACACUACCUUCCGUAUUCGGGACCCAAUUCAGCAGCUGGAUUUUAUAUAUUCAAUGAUAAACAGUUCCGUCUGCGGAGGAGGAAACCUCACUUCCUACCAUCCGGUUCUAGGAAUGGAUAGAGUCGUCAUCGCGGUUCAGGAAGCCGCCAAAGGAACCGAUCUCGUCGAGAUGAGGCCCAAUAACGCGGACGCCGUAGCCAAGAUGGCGCUGUCCGAACUGACACGGGCGGAGAUCGAAUACGCCAGUCAUACACAAUACAUCAGAGACUUCGCAAUGGACAUUUCAAACCACCUGGCCCGAGAAAUUCGUAACCUGCAAUGCGAAAGCCGGAAAACCGCCUACCAUGCCGCUACAACGACUGCACAAUACGACGGAUGGUUAGCCGCUAAGCAUCUGGACCUUCCAUUAUGCAACAAGCUACGGGCGGUCGGGUCAUCUGUGUCCGUUUUGCAGUGUUUUCCCAGUAACGUCACCAUCGAGACGGUUUUCACGCCAUGUGGAGCCCAACCUCGUCAUUCGUGCAAGUUUCUUUAG